AUGCCAGAGAGUAGUUUGAGCCUGGACCUAUCCGCCAAGCGAAAGCGUCGACGUACAGACUAUCCACACCGUCUAGACUACCGGACACGAUGGGCAGACAACGAUAUGUUCCACCAUCUCAACAAUCCAAUCUACGGCGUCCUAAUCGACAGCAUCAUCAACGACUACCUCAUCAAGCAAUGUGGCUACAACACCCGGACCUACCCUCGGAUUGCGCUGGUGGCGAGCAGUUACUGCGAUUACUUUAGCAGUCCAGCCUAUCCGAGUAUGCUCGAUGUCGGUCUACGAGUGGUUAAACUUGGCAAGAACAGCGUCAUGUACGAGUGCGGCAUCUUCGAAGAGGGCGACGAGCAAGUCAAGGCUGUAGGCGGCUUCAUCCAGAUUUGGGUUAAGCGUGAAGACAAUCGACCGCCACCUGAAGGUCUCGAGCCGCAUGUUAGGAAGCAGCUUGAGCGCCUACUGGAGGGUCCGGAUCUCGAAACGAAGCAGCCGAAGCUGUGA